AUGAUAUUCCUUUAUCACCAGUCAAAUGCUGUUGCUUUGAGGAAAAAACGAGCUGAUGUACAUGUACCCAUGAAUAUUGACACGACAAAUCCUGAUGUUUGUACAACAAAAACUUGCAACGAAGCUGCUGCUUUGUUAUCUAAAAAUAUGGAUACAAGUGUAAAUCCUUGUGAUGAUUUUUAUGCAUACACUUGUGGUGGAUUUAUCAACUCAACAAUAAUACCAGAUGAUAAAAAAACCAUUGGAAUUUUUGGCUUAAUCAAUGAUCGAAUACAGAAACAAUUACGAAUGACCUUGAAUGACACAUCAGAGUCAUCAUCAAAUGAUCCAAGGUAUGCUAAAUUAGCUAAAAAAUUGUACAAAAUUUGUAUGAAUCAAGACGUAGAUGAAGAUCAAAGUAAUGCUACUUUAAUGAAUUAUUUGGAUCAAAUUGGUGGCUGGCCAAUUUUAAAAGGAAAACAAUGGAAUGAAACUUUAUUUGAUUGGAAAAAAAAUAUCAUUAAAGUCAAUAAAAAUACAAGUUUUUGGUUGAUGAGUUAUUUUAAAUUAGAUGUAGUUAUGGAUAUAAUGAAUAAUUCUCAACAUGUUAUUUAUUUAAAUGGUUUUUUUCCUGGUGUUUCACGAAAAUACAUGUUAAAUGGCUUUGAUGAUAAACAUGUCAAAAAUUAUUUUAACUACAUGGUCAAUGUAUCUGUUGCCAUGGGUGCUGAUAAAAUAUCUGCUCAAACAGAACUAAAACAAGUACUUGACUUUGAAAUUAAACUUGCUGAAUUAACACAUGCACUUGAAGAAACUCAAAAAACUACAACUAUUUAUAAUCCAAUUACUCUUGGUCAAUUGACAAACCUUUCAACAUUUUUUCCAUGGAAAGAAUAUAUAAAUUAUCAUUUAAAUAUAUCAAUAACUGAUGAUGAAAUAAUUAUUGUUAGUAAUGUAAAUUUUUUUGUAUCAUUGGGUGAACUAAUUGAUACUGUACCAAAAAAAGUACUUGCUAAUUUUGAAGCAUGGAAAUUAAUUCAAAGUACAGCUAUGCAUAUGAAUGGCGAAAUUAAAAAUAUACAAAAAAAUUAUAAGAUGAUACAAACUGGUGCAUUGAAGAGUGAAGAAAAAUGGAUAGAAUGUGUUAAAAUUUUAUCGUCACAAAUGUCAAUUGCAACGAGUGCAUUAUAUGUGCAUAAAAAUUUUGAUAAAAAUAAUAAAUACAAUGUAAAUACACUGGUGGAAAAUUUGCAAAAUCAAUAUGUUAAAAAUUUAGAAAAUAUCAGUUGGAUGGAUAAUGUUACAAGGUCAAGAGCUGUUGAUAAAGCCAGAAAAAUAGGACGUAGUAUUGCUUAUCCUGAUGAAUUAUUAAAUGCUAGUAAAGUCAAUGAAUUAUAUGAUGAAAUGGAAUUUACUGGAGACACUUAUUUGGAAAAUAUAAUUAUUUUAAAUUGUCAUAAUAAAAUGCAAAAAUGGAAAUCAUUGAGAAAAAUAACUGAUCAAAGUUAUUGGAUGAUUUUUGGAAAUUCUGUACAUCUAGGACAAGCUUUUUAUUAUUCACUUUUUAAUCGUAUCAUACUCCCAGCUGGAAUUCUUCAAGGAGAAUUUUACAACAAUGAUCUUCCAAGUUUCAUGAAUUAUGCUAGAAUUGGAAUGAUAACUGGGCAUGAGAUUGCACAUGGUUUCGAUGAAAUGGGAAAGAUAUUUGAUGGCAAUGGAAAUUUAUUUGACUGGUGGGAAGAAAGUACAAGUAAAAAAUAUCAUGAAAAAAUUAAAUGUAUUGUUAAACAGUAUGGAAAUUAUACUGUCAAGCAAGUUGGCAUGAAGAUAAAUGGUAGUACAACAAAAGAAGAAAAUUUUGCAGAUAAUGGUGGAGUUAAAAUUGCAUAUUUAGCUUACAAUGAUUGGCUGAUUAAAAAUUACAAUUUAGAACAAAAAUUAUCUGGUUUUUUAAAUUUUACAUCAAGACAAAUGUUUUGGAUUAGUUAUGGAAGUACAUGGUGUGAAAAAUCUAGAACUGAAUUUUUGAUACAUUCAAUCAACAUUGGUGCACAUUGUCCACAUGAAUUUCGAGUCAGUGGACCAUUGUCAAAUCUCGAUGAAUUUUCGAAAGACUUUAAGUGUCCAGUUGGCUCUAAAAUGAAUCCAAAAACAAAAUGUACUGUAUGGUAAUUUUUUUUU